UGAACUAUGACAUUUUGGCUUCCAAUUUACUCCCAAAAACUGCAACCAGACCAACAGACAACCGGCGCUUGUAAAACCCCGCCGGUCACUCCUCUACAUAGACGCUCAGCGUCAACUUAGCAACUGAAAGUCACGCGCAAGUCUAUGGACUGACGUUAUUCUUUAAAAUCGUACAUUCAAAGGUCCCCGCCACUGCCAAACCCAUCUCCCAAAAUCAUGUCCACGUCACGAGAUACACUAUGUGCCCCCCUAAUUGGACCGUGUACCCAACGCGGAAAAGAAACACGUGAGUCUAACAUCUUAAAUCUGCGUUAUGAUGCUUCCGGGGCACGGCUCUUUUAGUGCAUCCACACGCUUCUAGCAAAUCAAUUGUGAUUCACGAACGUCUCUGCCACCGUACACCUGUAAGAUAAGGAUACUGUAAGAGAGAGAGAGAGUUUCUAGAGAGAGAAACUGGAGAGAAGAUCUGAUCGAAUCGAAAGGUAAAAGGCUCGAAACCCUAACUGCUGUCGUCGUUGUUGUUGUUUUGUUCAUGCGCAGCCAUACUCUUUAGGUUUAUGAUAUACUAGAUCUUGUGGUUGUGAAGAGAAGCCCUAAUUUGUGUUCCGUUUGUCUGCGGAAUUUAGGGUUUUUUUUUAUUUGUUGGUUUUGAAUUGAUUGAGGGAUUCGUGUAUAGUUAAUUAGGGUUUUGGUAAUUAAAUAGAUGUAUGUAUGGCUUCGGGGCCAUUAGUCGGAGGAACUGAUGGGGCUAAUAGAGAGAAGCAGAGAUAUUCGGAAAGCAAGGUUUAUACAAGAAAAUCUUUUAAAGGUCCCAAGAAUCAGAAUAGCAAUACUGCUGCGAACAACAACAAAAAUGUCCCGACAACAACCACCACCACCCCGGCAGUAACCACCACCACAACAACCGUCCCGACGACAACUGCUACAACAACAACAGCGCCGACAGCAGCUACCACUACCGCCCCUGCAACAACAACCACCACCACCGCGACCGUCACAACGAAUAUUACCCCCAAUGAUGACAACAACCAAAACAACGAGAGCGAGAAUAUGAUCAACAACAACGGGCAGAGCAAAAACGAUGAGAACAACAACAAGGAGAAGAACGACCAUAGCAACAAAGAGGAGAACAACAACGGCAACAAGGAGGAGAACAGCGACAAUGUCAAGAACUCAAUUCAAGAGGCUCCUACCCAAACCCUAGCAGUAGACGAUACAAAUUUGUCCCAGCAACCGGUCAUUACUCGUUUAGAUGCCGUCUCAGAUGAUUCUUCUAGUCUUAAUAGGCAACAGGUUGUGGCCUCUACCACGAGGGAGCUGCCUUUGGGAAAUGGUGGGGUGAGAUCAUCUUUGGAGAAUAAAGUUAAGAUUAAUUUGGCGUCUAGGUCGAAGCAGGAGAUGCGUCAAAUUAGGAGGAAGCUGGAAGGUGAGCUUGAUAUAGUGAGGAGUUUGGUGAAGAGGAUUGAGGCAAAAGAGGUGCAAAUUAGUGGCGGGUUUAGUAAUUCUGUUGUACCAGUGAGUGAUGGGGUUGAUAACGGAGUGAAGAGGUUUCAUUCAGAGGUGGCUUCUGUGGGAGUCCCAGUUCCUCAUAGGGCUAUCAGUAUUAGUAGGCAGUCUAGGCCUUUGAAUCAGUUGAGUAUAUCGACGUUGGACAAUGGUCAAGCACUGAGUGAACAUGUGGAGAAAGAGAAGAGGACGCCAAAAGCCAACCAAUUUUAUAGGAAUUCAGAGUUUUUACUUGCAAAAGAUAAGUUCCCACCAGCUGAGAGUAACAAGAAGUCAAAAUUGAAUGGUAAGAAGCAGGCAGGAGGAGAAUUGGGACAUGGAUUUGGACCAGGAAGUAAGGUUUUCAAGAGUUGUAGUAAUUUGCUUGAAAAAUUGAUGAAGCACAAGCAUGGUUGGGUGUUUAAUGCUCCUGUCGACGCUAAGGCUCUUGGUUUGCACGAUUACUUUGCUAUUAUCAAGCAUCCAAUGGAUUUGGGAACUGUGAAAUCAAGACUAAACAAGAAUUGGUACAAGUCGCCAAAAGAAUUUGCAGAGGAUGUCAGACUUACUUUCCAUAAUGCUAUGACAUAUAACCCGAAAGGGCAAGAUGUUCAUGUAAUGGCGGAACAAUUAUUGAAGAUAUUUGAGGACAAGUGGGCAGUUAUAGAAUCAGAAUAUAAUCGUGAGAUGAGGAUUGGUGCAGACUAUGAAAUGUUUUUUCAUACACCCACAUCACGGAAGGCUCCUCCACUGCCACCUCCUCUUGAUAUGCGGAGGAUUUUGGAUAGAUCCGAAUCAAUGACAUACCCCGAUCCAAAGACAAGAUCCAUUAUUCUUACUCCCUCUGGUCGGACCCCUGCUCCUAAGAAGCCCAAGGCAAAGGACCCACAUAAAAGGGACAUGACAUAUGAAGAGAAGCAGAAGCUUAGUACAAACCUGCAGAGUUUACCGUCAGAGAAGCUGGACAAUAUAGUACAGAUUAUAAAGAAGAGGAAUUCUUCACUGUUCCAACAUGAUGAUGAAAUUGAAGUGGACAUUGAUAGUGUUGAUGCUGAGACUCUGUGGGAGCUUGAUAGGUUUGUUACCAACUACAAGAAAAGUUUGAGCAAGAAUAAGAGAAAGGCUGAGCUUGCAAUGCAAGCGAGGGCAGAAGCUCAACAGACUAUACUGCAGCCGGGCCCAGUUCCAGUUGUGGCAGAGGUGCCUAAAGAAUUCAGACCAGAUGAAAGGAAUGCUACUUCUUCAUCACCAGUUCAGGUGGAAAAACAAGGUGAUAAUGGGAGUAGGUCAAGUAGUUCAAGCAGCUCUAGCAGUGAUUCUGGAUCUUCUUCAAGUGCAGAUUCUGAUAGUGAAACGUCCUCAUCUGGAUCUGAUGGUGGGAAUUCACCCAAGACAUGACAUGUCUUGGUCCUGAUUCUGGAGUUUAGGCUAGAUGAUUACUAUUUACCGGGCUGAAGCUUAUCAGGUGGUGAUUAGAAUUGGAAUCUGCAUAUUGGUGUACAGUGGAAAAGCUUGCAAAGGCAGCAACCAUUUGACCACUUCUUGUCGGGAGCUGUUUCUUCAAGUCUUGAGAGCUAGAGCUUUUAGUAUGUAGGGUGGCUUAUUUGUCUUGUCCCAAAUUUGUAUAAUAUGUGGUAGAAUAUAGUAAUGUUUAGAAGUAGUUGGUUUGUUUACUUAGCUUCUGUACAUUGCUAACUACGGAUACUCAUCUUAGUUUCUGCAGCAGAUUCAGAAUUCUUUGGUGUUAUAGCAAAUAGUCUGUAAUUCAAGUGAAUGGAGUAAUGAUAGCUUCAUAUGAAAA